AUGACAGAUGCACACCAGUCACCACUCGUCCUCUUCCCCUUGAAGACAACAGAGGAGGUCGACCUCGGCUCGGCAGUCAGGUCGCUUAUCACCAACAGCUACGGCGAGGACCCUAAAAAGUACUCCGAGCAGACCUCUCAGCUCAAUCGAGCUCGUCAGGAUGCGGUCAAAGGCGCGGCUUCUGACGCCACCGGGCGAGAUCUGCUCUUCAAAUGGUUCCACAUGCUCGAGAUGCUCGAACUUCGCUUCCCAGAGCUUCGUGUGCCGUUCCCAUGGAAGGAUGCCUUCACCCAAAAAGCCAUCUCGCAAUCCAGCCUGGCAUACGAAAAGGCGAGCAUCAUCUUCAACAUCGCUGCAACACUGUCAUCGCUCGCCUCGUCCCAAGCUCGCAUGUCCAACCCGGACGGUCUCAAACGCACCUACACCGCACUUCGUCAAGCAGCGGGAAUGCUCAGCUACAUCAACGAGAACUUCCUGCAUGCGCCCAGCACCGACAUGAGCAAGGAUGUCGUCAAGUGUCUGGUCGGCAUCACACUCGCCCAAGCCUCCGAGGUGUUCCUAGAAAAGACGAUCGAGGAGAAGAAGGCUCCCGGUCUCAUCUCGAAGCUUGCCAGUCAGACCGCAGCCGCGUACACCGGUCUCGUCGAGGACUCGCGCGAACACGUCACCAAGGGCAUCUUCGAGCGAUCUUGGACAUACCUCGUCCAGGUCAAGGCGCGACACUUUACCUCGGUGAUGCACUACUACAAAGCCCUAGCGGACGACGCGUCCGGCUCGCACGGCGCCUGCCUGGUCCGCCUCACGGUCGCCGAGACAGCCGCGAAAGAGGCACGCAAUCUCCUCACCACCUUCAGCUCCUCCGCUACUGCGAGCGCUUCCGGGGACCAACCAUCCUUGCCCUCCGACGCAGCCUCCGCCCUCAUCGCCAUCGUCAACGCCCAACUCGUCCGCUGCACAGAACGCAAAGAGACCGCCGUCAAAGACAACGAUCUGAUCUACCACGACAUCCUUCCAUCCGAAUCGUCCCUUCCCGCGGUCGACAAGCUGGUCGCUGCGACUCCGAUCGCGAUCCAGGAGAUCUUUGCCGCUCCCGAGGUGCAGCGCGUCAUCGGUCCGGAUUUGUUCCAAAACCUCGUCCCACUCGGCGUGCAUGAGAAAGCGUCGUUGUACUCGGAAGAGAAGGCGAAGAUCGCACGUGCCGAGUCCGAGAGGCACGAUUUGGCGACAGGAGAGAUGCAGGCUUCGCUCGAGUAUUUGGGCUUGCCGGGGAGUUUGAAGAAGUUUCGCGCGUUGGCGCAGGGGAGCAACGGGAGUGGGAUGCUCGAUUCGCUCUCCGAUCCGGGGGCGGAGGUGAUGCGGUGGUCGAGCGAGGAGGCGGAGGGUGGGGGUGGUCGCGGUGUCGAUGGACUGGGAGUGGGUACGGCCGGGGUGGAUUCGGCGCUGGGUCGGAUCGAGAGCAUGAAGAGCCAAGCCAAGGAGGAUAUCGACGCGGCGCUGGCUGCGUUGGACGACGAGAACCGCGAGUGCGAAAAGCAACGUGUUCGAUUCGGGCAUAAGUGGACCCAAGACCCCGCGGGGUUGCAUACGAAGGACAUGCGCGCCAGCCUCAAGGACAACAGGGAGGCCAUGGCGCAGGCGUCCCAGAACGACGCACAAAUUGGGGAACUGUGGCGAUCCAUUCGCGAGGACGUAGCCUUGCUCGUUUCCGGACGUGAGGCGCUAGAAGGUGCAUUCGCAGCCGCACUCACCGGUCAAACCGGUCUCUACGGCACCUCCUCCACCGCCCCAACAUCCCUCAUCGACAUCUCGGCGGACGAAGAGCAGGCGUCGGAAUCGCAAACCGCUUCGGUGAAAGCCAAACUCGCUCAGAUCGACGAAGCGCUGCUCAAGCUCAACAAGAUCAAGAAGGAACGCGGCGAAGUGCUCGCCGAUCUCAAGGAAAAGAUCCAGACGGACGACAUUUCGCAGGUCCUCGUGCUCAAUCGACGAGCUCAAAACGUCGAUGCCUCCAUCUUUGCUGCCGAGCUGGAAAAGUUCAAACCGCAUCAGAAUCGCAUUGCGGUGAGCCUGCAUCAUCAGCAGGCGCUGUUGGCCGAGGUGGAGACGACGUUCAAGGAAUUGAGCGAGCUGCCGGCGAGCAAGUCCGCGGGGGCCAAGUGGGACGAGAAGGAGAAGGCGAGGAAUCGGUUGGUGGCGAGGUUGAGGAGGGCUAGGGAUUCGAAUGCGCAGGUGAGGGCCGGGGUAGCGAAGGGGUUGCAGUUCUAUGCGGAUCUGCAGGAGAUUGUGCGCGGGACCAGGCAGAAUGUCAACAGGUAUGUGGGGGAGAGGAAGGCGGAGAGGUUGAAGCUGGUGGGUGAGCUGGAGUGGGAGGAAAAGGGAAGCGGGGGUGGAGCAGGGGGGCUGGCGAGCUCGAUGGCUGGGUUGAGCAUGGGCGGUGGUGCGGGUGGUCCGCCGCCACCACCGCCGCCGGGCCGACAGACGAGCUAUGGGAGCGCAUAUGGAAGCACACCGCUGUCCCCUGGACCUCCGACGCUACCAUCGCUGCCCGGAGCACGACAGACGAGCAUGCCACCGGCGCCCUUGCCGCACCAACAAGCGCCGUACCAGCAGCCACAACAGAACGAUCCGUACAACUCCAUGUUCUCCACUGGGCCAUUUAUGGACAACCGCUCCUCGCCUGCUCCGCAGCAGCCCCCGCAGCAACAGCGACCCUACGGUCAGCUCGGCUACGGCUCUGACAACCACCAGCCACAACGCGCAGGGUCAGGAGGCCUUCCACCCCCACCACAGCAGUUCCAAAGCUCCUUCUCGCCGACCACCACAUCGCCUACGCAGAGCAGAUACACCUCCCCGCCCCCGCCGGCGCCCGCUCCCCAGUCAUUCGGCCAGGGAGGAGGGUAUGGAGCUCCACCCCCGCCCCCGCAGCAGACCGCCUACGGAUACGGUGGACAAGACUAUGGUUCGAAUCGCGCCCCUGCCUCGCCGUACACCGCCCCGCCUCCGCCGCAACAAGGACAGUACGGCGGAGGAUACGCCUCUCAGCCGCAGUAUCAGCAGCCCUACGGUGCACCCCCCCAGCAGCAGCCGCAAGGGUAUGGCGCAAGAGCACCCCCUCCGCCCCCCACGCAGUAUCCGCAGGGUUACCAGCAGGGUGGCUAUCAAGGAGGCUAUCAGCCGCCCUACUGA